GCCCCCAUGUGAGCCUCACCAUCUUUCUCUGCUACCUUCAAGGAUUUCCUCUCUCUCUACUCUCAGUUUUCUCUCUCUAUUCUUCAGUUUCUCUGCGGGAAAACCAGCGAAGGAGAGCUUGAAACCAUAGUCUGGUUGUUUGCUGCUUUUGGAUCGGGUUUAAUUUGAAUUCAGCCCAACAACAGACUGCGGAAAUGGCGAAGAAUGCGGGAAUUCUCGGUGUUGAUAUCUACUUCCCUCCUACGUACGUUCAACAGGAAGCAUUGGAAGCUCAUGAUGGUGCUAGUAAGGGGAAAUACACUAUUGGGCUCGGACAGGAUUGCAUGGCAUUCUGUACUGAGGUUGAAGAUGUCAUCUCAAUGAGCUUGACAGUUGUCACUUCCCUACUUGAGAAGUAUGGAAUUGAUCCAAAACAAAUUGGCCGGCUAGAAGUAGGCAGUGAGACUGUUAUAGAUAAAAGUAAAUCAAUUAAGACCUUCCUGAUGCAAAUAUUUGAGAAACAUGGAAAUACCGAUAUUGAAGGUGUUGAUUCAACUAACGCGUGCUAUGGGGGUACAGCUGCCCUAUUAAACUGUGUCAAUUGGGUAGAGAGCAACUCUUGGGAUGGGCGUUAUGGUCUUGUGGUGUGCACCGAUAGUGCGGUCUAUGCUGAAGGGCCAGCUCGUCCAACGGGUGGGGCUGCAGCUAUUGCCAUGCUAAUAGGACCUGAUGCUCCUAUUGCUUUUGAAAGCAAAUUGAGGGGUAGUCAUAUGUCUCACGUUUAUGAUUUUUACAAGCCUAACCUAGCCAGUGAAUACCCGGUGGUUGAUGGUAAACUCUCCCAAACUUGUUACCUCAUGGCCCUGGAUUCUUGCUACAAACAAUUAUGUCACAAGUAUGAGAAACUGGAGGGCAAACAAUUUUCCCUUUCUGACGCUGACUAUUUUGUAUUUCAUUCUCCCUAUAACAAGCUUGUACAGAAAAGCUUUGCUCGAUUGGUCUUUAACGACUUCAAGAGAAAUGCCAGCUCAAUAGAUGAAGUUGCUAAAGAAAAGCUGGCACCAUUUUCAACCUUGUCUAAUGACGAAAGUUACCAGAGCCGGGAUCUCGAAAAGAUAUCUCAACAACUUGCAAAACCUCUUUACGAUGCAAAGGUGCAACCCUCUACUUUGAUACCGAAGCAAGUCGGUAACAUGUACACUGCCUCUCUUUAUGCAGCAUUCAUAUCACUUAUUCACAACAAGCAUAGCUCACUGUCAGGAAAUAGAGUGAUUUUGUUCUCUUAUGGAAGUGGGUCAACUGCAACCAUGUUCUCAUUGAAAAUCAAUGAAGGUCAACAUCCCUUCAGUUUGUCCAACAUUUCAGCUGUAUUGAAUGUGGAUAAAAAGUUGAAAUCGAGACAUGAGUUAAUUCCCGAGAAAUUUGUCGAAAUAAUGAAGCUGAUGGAGCAUCGGUACGGGGCUAAGGAUUUCGUGACGAGCAAGGACUGCAGCCUCCUACCACCAGGCACCUACUAUCUCACCGAAGUCGAUUCUUUGUACAGGAGAUUCUAUGCCAAGAAGGACAGCGAAAGCGCAAGGCUUGAGAACGGUGUGGUUGCUAAUGGCCACUGAAAUAAAAAUGAUAAUAAACAAGCGUAGCCAGAGCUGUUCUUCAUCUAAAAAUUGUCAGUAUCUACAAGAAUUUUCCUUAUUUAUCAUAAGAUCUUACAAGCUAAGCUAAUAGAAGGCGGUAUGUUCGACAGCGAGUAGUUUUCGGUUGUUUUUUUUACCUUUCUUUCUUUCUGUUAGGAAAAUUGUCUCAAUAAUCGGCUUUAUUUAGUCACAAGAUAUUAUGUAAUGUUGAUGAUGAUAAUGUAGACUCUUUCCCUCCAUUUUUCACUUUCCUCAGUAAUUAAUCAUGAUGAAAUUUAUUUGUUCA